AUGCCGGUAUCAGAAUCACAGUCUCUGGCAAUAGAUGAGGCAAAUAACCAAUCCAUCUCAGCCGGAAAGACCAAACGAAAGAAACGACGACACAGGACGAUCUUCACCCAGUACCAGAUAGAUGAGCUUGAAAAAGCAUUCCAAGAAGCACAUUAUCCAGACGUCUACGCUCGCGAAAUGUUAGCUAUGAAAACUGAACUUCCAGAAGACAGAAUACAGGUAUGGUUUCAAAAUCGUCGGGCAAAAUGGAGGAAAACCGAGAAAACCUGGGGAAAAAGCACAAUUAUGGCAGAAUAUGGGCUCUACGGUGCAAUGGUUCGACAUUCGCUUCCACUACCUGACACAAUCACAAAAACCGCAGAGACCUCUGACCCACAACAAAGUGCUGCACCGUGGCUUCUAGGGAUGCACAAGAAGAGCAUGGAAGCGGCAGCUCAUUUGGAGCAGGUAGUCAUUAUGUAA